CUUGAAGAAACAGCUUUAAAUGAAAUCGAUCAACUUAUCGAAAGUUUAGAUGAACCAAUUAAUAACCUGAUUCCUAUCGUAGAAGAAGAAUUAAAUGAACCAAAUUCACUUAAAGCCUCUCAAAUCUCACCUUUCAAAGGAACAACCUGGAAGGAAAAACUUAACGAUAUUUUGGAAAAACUUCCUACUCAUGCUAAGUCAAGAGAAAACCAGAUCAAAAAUUUUGAAGCUUACUAUUAUUUGGGAACUCUUAUUCAAGAAAAUGAAGCUAACUAG